GCGGCUUCUCAGGGGCGGGGCUGCUGCAGAGCAUCUCCUAGCUGGAGCCGCGCUUUGUUCUUGCUGCCUUCUAGACCCGCCGGCGUCAGGGUCCAUCCCUCGCUCCCCUCUCGCUCCUCCCGCCCACGCCCUGCAUCUGGGCCCGCAUCCCUUCACCCAAAAGCUCCGUGCCAGAUCCUGCCCUCGCCCCUCCCCCAGAUUUCUGGCCAGCGCCCUUGCCUGGUAGGUAGCCUUCUAUCCAUCCCUCCCUCCUGCACCUUCUUUUCCCUGGAUCCCUCUCCUGUCCCCCUUUCCCCAAGUGCCGGGUCGCUCCGCCCCUCCGGACCGGGGAUGUCCCCCGCAGCCCCGCGCCGAUGGUCCUGACGCUGCUUCUCUACGCCUACAAGCUGUGCCGCUUCUUCACCAUGUCGGGCCCACGGCCAGGCGGUGAGCGGCUAGCUGUGCCGGGGCCGGACGGGGGCGGCGGCGCGGGCCCAUGGUGGACCGCGGGCGGCCGCGGGCCCUGCGAGGUGUCGCCCGGGGCGGGCUCCGAGGUGCAGGGUGCCCUGGAGCGCGCGCUGCCCGAGCUGCAACAGGCGCUGUCGGCGCUGAAGCAGGCGGGGGGGGCGCGGGCCGUGGGCGCCGGCCUGGCCGAGGUCUUCCAGCUGGUGGAGGAGGCCUGGCUGCUUCCGGCCGUGGGCCGAGAGGUAGCCCAGGGUCUGUGCGACGCCAUCCGCCUGGACGGCGGCCUCGACCUGCUGCUGCGACUGCUGCAGGCGCAGGAGCUGGAGACGCGCGUGCAGGCCGCCCGCCUGCUGGAGCAGAUCCUGGUGGCUGAGAACCGGGACCGCGUGGCGCGCAUCGGUUUGGGCGUGAUCCUGAACUUGGCAAAAGAGCGGGAGCCGGUGGAGCUGGCGCGGAGCGUGGCCGGCAUCUUGGAGCACAUGUUCAAGCACUCGGAGGAGACGUGCCAGCGGCUGGUGGCGGCCGGUGGCCUGGACGCCGUGCUGUACUGGUGCCGCCGCACGGAUCCGGCGCUGCUCCGCCACUGCGCGCUGGCGCUGGGCAACUGCGCGCUGCACGGGGGCCAGGCGGCGCAGCGGCGCAUGGUGGAGAAGCGCGCCGCCGAGUGGCUCUUCCCGCUCGCCUUCUCCAAAGAGGACGAGCUGCUGCGGCUGCACGCCUGCCUCGCGGUGGCGGUGCUGGCAACCAACAAGGAGGUGGAGCGCCAGGUGGAGCGCUCCGGCACGCUGGCGCUCGUGGAGCCGCUCGUGGCCUCGCUGGACCCCGGCCGCUUCGCCCGCUGCCUGGUGGAUGCCAGUGACACAAGCCAGGGCCGCGGGCCCGACGACCUGCAGCGCCUCGUGCCGCUACUCGACUCGUCGCGCUUGGAGGCGCAGUGCAUCGGGGCUUUCUAUCUGUGUGCGGAGGCUGCCAUCAAGAGCCUGCAGGGCAAGACCAAGGUAUUCAGCGACAUCGGAGCCAUCCAGAGCCUGAAACGCUUGGUUUCCUACUCCACCAAUGGCACCACGUCGGCGCUGGCCAAGCGCGCGCUGCGCCUGCUGGGCGAGGAGGUGCCGCGGCCCAUCCUGCCCUGCGUGGCCAGCUGGAAGGAGGCGGAGGUCCAGACGUGGCUACAGCAGAUCGGCUUCUCGCAUUACUGCGAGAGCUUCCGGGAGCAGCAGGUAGAUGGCGACCUGCUUCUGCGGCUCACGGAGGAGGAGCUCCAGACCGACCUGGGCAUGAAAUCCAGCAUCACCCGCAAAAGAUUCUUUAGGGAGCUCACGGAGCUCAAGACCUUCGCCAACUACGCUACGUGCGACCGCAGCAACCUGGCUGACUGGCUGGGCAGCCUGGACCCGCGCUUCCGCCAGUAUACAUACGGCCUGGUCAGCUGCGGCCUGGACCGCUCCCUGCUGCACCGCGUGUCCGAGCAGCAGCUCCUGGAGGACUGCGGCAUCCGCCUGGGCGUGCAUCGCCUGCGCAUCCUCACAGCCGCCAGAGAAAUGCUACACUCCCCCCUGCCCUGCACUGGCGGCAAGCCCAGUGGGGACAUCCCAGAUGUCUUCAUCAGCUACCGCCGGAACUCAGGCUCCCAGCUCGCCAGCCUCCUGAAGGUGCAUCUGCAGCUGCACGGCUUCAGUGUCUUCAUUGAUGUGGAGAAGCUGGAAGCGGGCAAGUUCGAGGACAAGCUCAUCCAGAGUGUCAUGGGUGCCCAUAACUUUGUGCUGGUGCUGUCGGCCGGGGCCCUGGACAAGUGCAUGCAGGACCAUGAGUGCAAGGACUGGGUGCACAAGGAGAUUGUGACUGCUUUGAGCUGCGGCAAGAACAUUGUGCCGGUCAUCGAUGGCUUCGAGUGGCCAGAGCCCCAGGACCUGCCUGAGGACAUGCAGGCUGUGCUCUCCUUCAAUGGCAUCAAGUGGUCCCACGAGUACCAGGAGGCCACGAUUGAGAAGAUCAUCCGCUUCCUGCAGGGCCGCUCCUCUCGGGACUCAUCUGCAGGCUCUGACACCAGUUUGGAGGGGGCCGCACCCAUGGGCCCAACUUAACCAGUCCUUAGUUCCCAAGCCCUGCUGCGACCCACAUUUCCAUCGUCCGUCCCGAAGGAGCAGCUCCUCAAACUGGCCUCUCUCGGCUGCAACCGCCCGGGGCCCUUCUCUGGAAAUGGCUGUCCCUCUGCCCCCUCCCUCACGGUCCACCUCAACCCAGCCUCCUUGGUGUCUAGAAAUGGAAGGGAAGCCAGGCACUAGGGGUGCUCAGGGCCAGACCCGCCCCCUCCCCCCGGCCCUGCCACCAGGCUCUCUAUCUCAGGUGUGGGAGAGACUCUGGAGAUUGAGGGUUUGCCGCACACGACAUCCCCUCCUGCCCAGAACGCGGCCAGGCAGCCUCCCUCUGACAGGAGUUCGGGCAAUGCCCACCCCUCGGGGCUAAGCAAGGGCCUGGGCCCAGGAGCCAGCCGAAGAUGGGGGUCCGGUGAUGACUCUCCACCUAGAUCGUGCCUGGCUUCUGGCCUCACCGCUUCCUGCCACCCUGUGGCCUUGACCUGUAACCACUGUGUCCUUAGCUGGCCUGGUCCCCAGUCCCCUCCCAGCCUUCCUGAGGUGCAGUCCUCUUGGCCACACCCGGGGUCAGGGUCACCCUCACUCCAGCCGGCCUGCAGCAGCUCUCCUCCGUGCAAGGGAGCCACCUGCUGGGGCCCGGGCCUGCUCAACAGGCAGCUCACCACCCUCCACAUGCCUUGUUGCUGUGCCUCAGUUCCCACCAGCCUGGCUCAGCUGGCUUCCCCAGCCCCUCCCCACCCACUUGCUCAGGGGGCAGCCAGGGGAGGCAGCCCCCUGUGUCAGCAGCAGUCAGCUGGACAGAGCCUGCAGCAACACGGGAAGAGGCAGGAUCCUGAAGAAGGGUGAUGGGUGCGUUGGAAUCACGGGGGAAUUUUUCUAAAACUGCAUUCAGGAGACCUGGGCAGGGCCUGGGUUUCUGCAUUUCUCACAAAUUCCCAGGUGAGUGCAUGCGAUGGUCAAGGAAUGGUACUUUAACUAGUGAGGCUCUAAAACACAAAUCCCUCCCAAAUCUUUGCCAUGCCCCCGGCCCCCCACACCACUCCAGGUUUCCUGCAAUCACCUGAGCAACCCCACCCCGUAUAAUCUCCCUUGUAUGGAGAAGGAACUGAAUGACAUGCCAUUUCCCAAAUCAGCAUGGCCGCCCCGGGAUCCAGACCUGGCCUCCUGGUGCUCAGUCCACUGCCUGUCCAGAGAAAUCAUCCUGGAAGCUGUGCCCUGGGCAGGGCUGUUGCUCUACCUGGCUGGCUUCUCUGCCCCAGGGCUCUGGCAGUGGGGGGCAGGUUUUCACCAAAAAAGGCUGGCCCAAGAGCUAUACAAAAAUAAACGAGCAGGAAUGUCCCUCUGCUCCUUUCUCCACUCGGGUAAGAGCAGGGAAGUAUCCUCCCUCCCAUAAACCCAGGCUUCGGCUAAUGGGGUCACCUGAGACCGCGCCCUGCUUUUUCCCUCCUGGGGACACUGGCCUGGCACCUCAGGCUGGCUCAGCUUCCAGAGUCACCUCCCGCAGGUGCUGGCUAGGUCACUCGUAGCUCUUGAGCCCGUGAGGGAGUCAGGGCAUCGACAGUAACACUACAGUGGGAUGAGUACCCUCCAGGGAAAGCUGUCUUUUGGUCCCCGCUCAGUCCCCCUCCUUCCUGAGGUGCCCAGAGCAGUAUUCAGGGAGGCUGCCAGGCCGUUUCUUCUGUUCCUACACCCUCUACUGCUGCCCCUUCUUGUCUCUGGGGAAUCGGAGCCCAGCCUCCAAUCCUGAGGGGAUGAUUCCCUGACCCCCCACCCCCAGCCAGGCUUGGCCCCACAGGGCUGGUCCUGAACCAGGGCUGAGAAACAGCCUUUCCCCCAGAGCCUGGUCUGACGCAGGCCUGCAGGGUCAGGGGUUUCUGCCUGGCUGGGCUGUAGUUGCUGCCCCCAGGUGGGGGCUCAGUCAGCUAGGUCCCUACCCACCUCACCCCAGCCAUCCCCAGGGACUAAGGACUGCUCAGGGACACCCAGAGCUCAGGAAGUCCAGCUCCCAACUUCUUCAUUCUCCCCUGCCCAGGAAGAGAGGCAUCUCAUUCUAGAAUGUAUGAGGUGGGAAGGGUCUCAAAAUGUCAUCUAAUCCAGUGUUUCCUAACUCGUCCACCUGUGGUCAGACAGUUUGGGGCACUGCUGACGUAGCCCUUCGUAGGAGGGCUUGCUCAAGGUCACAAGCGAGCCAGAGGCAGUGCCCAGAGUAGAGCCCAGGCCUUUUCCCCGACCCUCCUCACUGCCUCAUGCUGGGACAGUCGGUGGAAGAACUGUAUUCCUCUCCUUGCUUUGGCCUCCCUCCCCAUGAGACAGUGAGCUGGGAAUGUGGCAACAGGCCCAGGCUGCAGAGGCCACAGUUGACCCCACUCUGCCCUGCACCGUCCCCAUCGCACCUGUGUGAUUUCCGGGGCAGGGGAGAGAGAAGGAGGGUGGCAGGGAGCCAAGCCCUGUGGCCAAUUCACGUCUGCAGGCAAGUGCCACCUGAUUUGGGUCUGUGUGGGGGCUUGCAGCCCUCAUCAAAGCUGGUGCCUUAAUACUGAAUCCAGUUCCGCCUUUCAGCUUCUGGGCCAGGCUUUCCUGACAGCCUGGAAAAGGGACCCUCGUUCUCCGAGAAGCCGGUCCCCUGGAUCAUAUUGGGGAGUCACGCCCCUCUCCGGUUCCUGUUGAGCUACAGAUGCAGGAGGAUGGUCUCAGCACAUGGCCCUGCUGAAAUGCGUGGCAACGGGAGCGCUGGAGGGCUGAGUAGUAACAAAAACUGAUCAUACUUGGGCUGGUGGAGCCAGGUUGACCCGUAAGGUGCCUUCAGGGAAUGGAUCGCUGACAGACCCUCACAGGCUCUGCCCCCAAUCUCUCCACUGGCCUAAUGCCAGCCCGGCAACCCUCCAGCCCCGUCCAGCAGCUCAGGAGAAGGGGGUGAGCAGUCAGACGAGGCACGGACCAGCCAUGCCCGGCACAAUCCCAUGGUAACUCAGGGGGCUCCUGCCCAGCCCGGAAGCUUGCUUUCUGACCUCUGGUGGGCAGACUGGGAACAGGAAAGCAGACAGCCCCACAGCCCCAUGCCUUGGGGGCCUGGAAGGUUCACUUCAGUGUGAUUUAUAUGGAUUUAUUGUGAUGGCACUGCUAAGCUCAGAGGAUCGAUUCCCAGCACUCUCCCUCCAGAGGGCACCCAGCCGCUCCCACAGCCUUCCCCUCAGAACCACAUCCAUUGCUGAGGAGCCGCUGGUGGCUGCACACCAGAAAUGGCCCAGUGAGCUGUACAGUUUGGGUUGAAGCAGAGAUGCCAGCCCUCGUGCUUCAGCUGGUCCCUGAGGUGCCCCUCCAUCGGGACCUCUCUGCUCCCCUGGAGGGUUCUCUGUGACCGAUGGUAGAAAGGGUACACCGACCCCUGUUCCAAACGGCCCCCCCCACUGCCUCCUGGAGUAGGACUUUCUGGGUACAAUUCUAGAUUAGAGUCCUAGGCUAGCACAGCCGUCUAGCUGGACUGCUCUGUCCAAGGUAGACACGUGCCCUCGGAGGGGAGGCGCCAGGGUCGCUGCGGGCUGGGAUCGAGAUACACACUUUCAGUUGCUUGGUGUUUGCUUUGCUCCCUUUGCCCUCUGUCCUCCGGUCCAGGCAGAUCAGGGGCUCUGAGGAAACUGCUGGAAUUCAGGGCGAGGAUUAGCCUUUUCCAGCACCCUGUGAGAGAGACCAGAGAAAGAGUUCAGAUUUGACAUGGAGAGACACCCUCAACUCUUAGAGAUGGCACACAGGCUUUAUCGGGUGGGCUGGUACAGGUAUUCCCUCCCAAAGCUGAGAGGUGGAAGACAAGGCAAUGUCCAGAGACAGAGGGCUCUGGAGAGCAACUCUUAAGGCUACAGGGGAAGAAGUCAGUAGGUCAGGCUAGCCUGGGGCCCAGCCGAAACUAGCUGAGGAAGCUCUCCAGGCUUCCCUUUAGCACAUUUCUGCCACCAUACUUCCAUCUGCAAAAUGGGAAUGGAGGAGGAGGGGAGCCGAGGGAGAGAGCACAGCCUUGCCAGCAAGCAGUGGUACCCUGACUGAAGCUUCCCCUAGUGCCCCUCUGCCCUGCCCUUGGGAAAUGGCUCCCAGAUGACUAGGCAGCUGUCCACAAUGGGGUUCCAGGUAUGAAUUCUGGUUGGGAGGAGGAGAAAGAGGGAACCUUUGGAUAAAGGGCAUUAUGAUCAUGGGUCAGAGCCCUGCAUUACCCAAUCAGAAUGGCCGGGAUGAAGAGGAGGCCAGCUCCCAGGAGGAAGGGGAACCCCUUCAUGAAGUUCAGGGUGGCUGGGUAGAGUGAGUUGAAGAUGCCAGAAGCCAUCAGCAUGGCCAAGCUAUUGACGCAGGCCACAGCAGAAAAGAGAGCACCUGUGAAGAAAUAAACAUCACACUCUGGGGUGUGAAAGACCUAGAUUCAAAUCCCAGCACCCCUAGCUCACCGCUGUGUGACCUGGGGCAAGUCACUUAACCUCUCUGAGUCUCACCUUCCUCAACGAUAAAUCCUACAUCGUGUGUUGUGAUAAGGAUUCAAUGAGGUCCUGCAUGGAGAGCAGCUGGCACACAGGGGCCACCAAACAGAUGGCUGUUACUAAAUCCAUGUAUUCAAAGUAUAUGUGAUAUCUUCUACCAAAAGCCCGAUAAAAUGGGUUUUGGUUUAUCCCCUUUGGGAAUCAUCUUCUGUUUGGGAUUAACUGCUGGCUUAAUUCCCAGUUCCAACACUUAUUAUCUGUGUGAUCACUGAAUAAGUUGCUUAUCCUUCUGGGUUUCUGUCCCCCUUCUGUUAAACAAGAAUAACACCUAUUUCAUAGAUUGGCAGCAACAGUAAAUUCACAUGUAAAGCAUCCAUCACAGGCCCUGGCCCCCUGAAGGUAGUCAGUUAGGGCUGUUCUUUUCUCUGGUUCCCCCUUGGGGAACCUCUCUGGGUACAGUGCGAUAAUAAAUCCAUAUAAAUCACACUGAAGUGAACCUUCCAGGCCCCCAACCUCCAGCCCUUGGGGCCUCUCUCGGUACAGUGAAGGUGCUAGAAAAAAAGCUUACUGAGUGAACGAAUGAAGGUACAUGGGUUCUGGGGGGCAACAGAACGAAUCCUUAAUGGGCUACCUAUGGCACCGGAUCCUCCUUCCAGGGCAGAUGGGGGGAAAAUGGAUGAGCCAGAUAUUUCCAGACUAGGAUCUAAAGACGCAGAGGCCUGAGAAGCUAUUCCUUAAAGAUAUGCCAGCAGAACCCAAAUUUUGCAAAAUGAGCAACAACCCAACAGAAGUUGAGUUUGAACUCUGUCAGAGUGUCAGAGCUGAAGGGCCUUGUCAUCAAGAGCAAACCACUCAUGUUACAGAGGAGGAAACAGGUGCAGAGACAGAAAGGGACCUGCCAAGAUCACACAGCCAGUGGGUGACAGAGCCAGGACCAAAACCCGUAUCCCCAGACCUGCUGCUCUUAAAAACAGAGCUGGGUUUGCAUCCUAGCUCCACCACUUACUGAGGGACCUUGGGUGACCCGAUUUAACCCUCUGGGUCUCUGCUUCUCGUCUGUCACUUGGGGACAAGGAAAUAUCUAAAGGUUGUUUGCUUCCUCUGAGCUUGCACACUGGCCCUAGUGAAGCAGGGAACUCUGCAUCCAUUUUACAGAUGGAAAAGCUGAGGUCUGGAGAGAGAAAUCCUGUGCUCAGGUUACCCAAGAGAACAAGUGUGCCCUGCUGACUGCAAAUUCCAACCCAGUGAUCUGAAAAUCCAAGGCACUGUAGUCCUCUGCCAGCCCUAAGCAAUGUGACAGAAGUGCAUUUGUCUUGGCUACUAACUUCUCUGGGGUGGGAGGGAGAAAGGUAAGCUGCCUCCUGGCUCCCAGCUGCUCUCUGCCCAGUUCAGGCAACACUGGGUAUGAGGAACCAGAUGCAGGUUGACCCUGGCACUCACCCUGCUCUGACUCGCCCACCAGCCUGGAGAGCUUGGCCCGGAUGAUGGGUGUGGUGACUAAUGACAGGAACAGGAGCCCAUACCCUGCAGAGAAAGAAACAAUCAAGAACAUGGGGUCAGGGAGAGGGGUGCCCAAGCAUCCCCCAUAGCAGAGCUCCUAUACAUACACAGCCCAUGUGGGACUCAGGUUGGACACAGGAAGAGCUUCCUUAUUGGUGAAGGAGACAAUGACCAAGGAGGGAUGGAGACCACCUUUCUCAAGGCUUGACCUACCAGCUACCUCUUUCAUGAAUGAAUGCUGAUUUCCCUCCAAUUAUGUUGUCAGAACACCUCUUGUGGCCACAGCGGGCACCACCCACUCACCUUGCGCUUCGAAGGGUGCAAGGCACAGAAAACAAGCAUGGGCUUUGGAGUUGGCCCUGAGCUCCUAACCUGACGCCAUUGCUUACUAACCGUGUGGCCUUGGACGUGACUCCUGUCUAUGAAAGGGUAACAAAGCCUUCCUCACAGGAUGGUUCUGGGGUGUGCAGGAGGCUGAAUAACGGUCCCCCUAAGAUAUCAGGUCAUGAUACCUGCAAUUUGUAAAUGUUGCCUUAUUUGGAAAAUGGGUCUUUGAAGAUGUGAUUAAGGAUCUUGCGAUGAAAAAAAAAAAAAAAAAAAA